AUGUCAGAAAGAAAGUGUCUAGGGCGUCGGAAGAUUCCUAUGGAGAAAAUAGAAAAUGAAACUACUCGAAUUGUAACAUUCACAAAGCGUAAGUCAGGUUUAUACAAAAAAGCAAGCAAGCUGGUUGAGAAAUACGAUGAUGUUGAUAUACAACCAAGUGUAGAUAGUGGCAUUGUUGCUGUAAGUGCACGAAUCAAAGUGAUGGAGCGACGAGCUCAGCUUGAUAACCUCGAUAUCGUAGAACAGAUUAUAUCUAAUCAGACACCUGGCGCGAAUGACAUGGAAAAUUUGUGGGAAUAUAUCAAUAAUGACAAUGAAGAGGAUGUGAAAAGACUUGAAGAAUGGUUAGAUCUUGUUGAUCUAAAGUUGAACCAUAAAUUGAUGAUGUUGGAAAAUGGUGCUGCUUCUUCAACAAAAUCCCCUCCAAAUAAUGCUUAUCAAGCAUAUAGUGAUUUCUAA